CAACCUUCACCAAUCACCAUCUGUCUGAUCUCACUUUAGAGAAUAUCUCAACAAAAUCAUUUCUCUCUCAUUAGUUAUAAUACUUCUAAUUCUAUAUUUAGAUGAUACCAGUUCAUAAAACUUGAAAUUGAUUAAUUUUAUCUAAAAUUGAUUUGAAUUUCGGAAAGUUUGAAUCUUUACAUUCAAUAAUUUAUUUAAUCACCAGAACAAAAAAAGAAAAAAAUAGAUGGGAUCUUUGAAUGAUGAAGAAAAUGUUGGAGUAAUCGAAGAGAAGGAAUCAAAUGAAGCUAUAAUUUACAUCAAUGGCGUAAGGAAAGAUAUUCCCGAUGGGUUAGCUCACUUAACUCUUCUUGAAUAUCUUAGAGAUCAAGGCCUAACCGGGACAAAAUUAGGCUGCGGUGAAGGAGGUUGUGGUGCUUGUACUGUGAUGGUCUCUUUUUUUGAUCAACAGCGCAAGAAAUGUGUGCACCAUGCUGUUAAUGCAUGCUUAGCUCCUGUAUAUUCUGUUGAAGGAAUGCAUGUGAUCACCGUGGAGGGUAUUGGAAACCGUAAACUUGGCUUGCAUCCUGUGCAGAAAUCAUUAGCAAUCUCACACGGUUCACAGUGUGGAUUUUGUACUCCCGGAUUUGUCAUGUCCAUGUAUGCUUUAUUAAGAUCUUGCCGAGACCCUCCAACUGAACAGCAAAUCGAAGAAAGCCUGGCCGGGAACUUGUGUCGUUGCACAGGUUAUCGGCCAAUUAUUGAUGCAUUCAGUGUUUUUGCUAAAACAGAUGACAAGAUAUACACUAAUUGUAACGUAUCAAGUCGUCAGGGCAACGAGUUUAUUUGCCCAUCAACAGGUAAACCCUGUUCAUGUGGACAAAAUUCUGAUGGCAAUGCUGACAAUGCAAAAGACGGUGGAGCUUGCAAUGAAACAUACAAACAACUUUCUUACAGUGAGAUCGACGGUAGCAGAUACAAUGAUAAGGAGCUUAUUUUUCCCCCUGAGCUAUUGCUUCGAAAAUUGUCAUUUUUGAGUUUGAAGGGUUUUGGUGGGCUUAAGUGGUAUAGACCUUUAUCGCUUCAACAUGUUCUCGAGUUAAAAGCCAAACAUCCUGAUGCCAAGUUGGUAAAUGGUAAUACCGAGAUUGGAAUUGAAAUGAGGUUGAAGAGAAUGCAAUAUAAAGUUCUUGUGUCAGUUGCGCAGGUUCCGGAGUUAAAUAUUUUAAAUGUGAAAGAUGAUGGAUUGGAGAUCGGAGCUGCUGUGCGGCUUUCCGAGCUUUUGAGUGUCCUAAGAAGAGUUUCUCGAGAACGUGCUGCUCAUGAAACAUCGUCUUGUAAUGCUCUUAUUGAGCAACUAAAAUGGUUUGCAGGAACCCAAAUUAGAAAUGUUGCAUCGGUGGGUGGGAAUAUAUGUACUGCGAGUCCAAUAUCAGAUUUAAAUCCUCUUUGGAUGGCUGCCGGAACAAGGUUUCAUAUCAUUAAUAGCAUGGGAAACAUAAGAUCGGUGUUGGCAGAAAACUUUUUUCUGGGAUAUCGUAAGGUGGAUUUGUCUAGUGAUGAGAUUUUACUAUCGGUCCAUUUGCCAUGGACAAGACCUUUCGAAUUCGUGAAAGAGUUUAAGCAGGCUCAUCGUAGAGAUGACGAUAUAGCCUUAGUAAACGCGGGGAUGCGUGUUCACCUUGAGAAAAAGGACGAUGACUGGCUGGUAUCAGAUGCAUCGAUUGUGUAUGGAGGGGUUGCUCCUGUUUCAUUUAUUGCAACAAAUACGAAAAAGUUUCUCAUAGGAAAGACUUGGAACAAAGAGCUUCUGAAUGGGGCUUUAGAUAUCUUGGAGAAGGACAUUUCGCUGCAUGAAAAUGCACCAGGUGGGAUGGUAGAGUUCCGAAAGUCUUUGACUUUGAGUUUUUUCUUCAAAUUUUUUCUGUGGGUGUCUCGAGAAGUGGAUGUAAAGACUUCUUUGGCCGAAACCGUGCUAUCAUCCGAUCGGUCAGCAAUACAGCAAUCCCAUAGGCCAUCGAUUAUGGGAAGUCAGAACUACGAUAUUGUCAAGCACGGGACAUCUGUUGGAUCUCCGGAGGUUCAUUUAUCUGCCGCUCUUCAGGUCACAGGCGAGGCGGAGUACACGGAUGAUGUAGCAAUGCCGGCCACUGGUUUACAUGCUGCAUUGAUUCUCAGUAGGAAGCCUCAUGCCCGCAUACUCUCUAUCGAUGAUUCUGGUGCAAAAUCUUCACCAGGGUUUGCCGGCGUAUUUUAUGCCAAAGAUAUUCCUGGGGAUAAUCGUAUUGGACCUAUCUUCCCUGAUGAGGAGCUUUUUGCUUCAGAAUUGGUAACUUGUGUGGGCCAGGUAAUCGGAAUAGUUGUUGCAGAUACUCAUGAAAAUGCCAAACUAGCAGCGAGAAGUGUGCAUGUGGAAUACGAAGAGCUGCCUGCUGUUUUAUCAAUAGAGGAUGCAAUCAAAUCGAAAAGUUUCCAUCCGGGUUCCGAGAAGCAAUUUAACAAAGGUGAUGUUGAUCUCUGCUUUCGCUCAGGCCAGUGUGACAAGAUCAUUGAAGGAGAGGUACAAAUUGGUGGUCAAGAACAUUUCUACUUGGAAUCGCAGAGCACUUUAGUAUGGACCAUGGACAGUGGUAAUGAGGUCCUUAUGAUUUCAUCUACUCAAGCGCCUCAAAAGCACCAGAAGUAUGUCAGUCAUGUACUCGGUCUUCCUAUGUCAAAAGUAGUUUGCAAAACCAAGAGAAUUGGUGGUGGAUUCGGUGGGAAGGAAACAAGAUCAGCUAUUUUUGCUGCUGCCGCUUCGGUUCCUUCCUAUCUUUUAAACCGACAUGUAAAACUCACAUUAGACCGGGAUGUAGACAUGAUGAUAACUGGACAGCGCCACAGCUUUCUUGGAAAGUACAAGGUAGGAUUUACAAGUGAGGGGAAGGUGAUGGCUCUGGACCUUCAGCUCUAUAAUAAUGCUGGAAAUUCGCAUGAUCUCUCUCUUGCGGUCCUUGAACGUGCAAUGUUUCAUUCAGACAAUGUAUAUGAGAUUCCAAAUGUAAAAAUAAAGGGAAAUGUUUGCUUCACUAAUUUUCCGAGCAACACUGCCUUCCGUGGCUUUGGUGCUCCUCAAGGGAUGCUUAUAACAGAAAAUUGGAUCCAUCGGAUAGCCAUGGAACUCCAUAAGAGCCCAGAGGAGAUCAGGGAAAUAAACUUCCAAAGGGAAGGAUCCAUAUUGCAUUAUGGUCAAAUACUUGAGCACUUUACAUUACCGCAGUUGUGGAAUCAACUCAAAUUAUCAUGCAACUUUCCUAGAGCGCGUGUGGAAGUUGACGAGUUUAAUACCCAAAAUAGAUGGAAAAAACGCGGAAUUGCUAUGAUUCCAACAAAAUUUGGCAUAUCAUUCACAACAAAGUUUAUGAACCAGGCAGGAGCUCUAGUCCAAGUUUAUACAGACGGCACAGUACUAGUUACCCACGGGGGUGUCGAAAUGGGACAAGGCUUACAUACGAAAGUUGCACAGAUUGCUGCUUCUGCUUUUGACAUUCCUCUUAGCUCUGUAUUCAUAUCAGAGACUAGUACCGACAAGGUUCCGAAUUCGUCACCUACUGCCGCAUCAGCAAGUUCCGAUAUGUAUGGUGCUGCAGUUCUAGAUGCUUGUGAACAAAUCAAAGAAAGAAUGGAACCUAUUGCUUCUAAAAACAUCUUUAAUUCAUUUGCCGAGUUGGCGUAUGCAUGCUAUCUGGAGAGAGUCGACCUAUCUGCUCACGGAUUCUAUGCUACUCCUGAUAUCGGCUUUGAUUGGAAAACUAGAAAGGGAAAUCCUUUCCGGUAUUUUACCUAUGGUGCUGCUUUUGCCGAGGUCGAAAUAGACACGCUGACGGGUGAUUUUCAUACAAGAGUAGCCGACAUUAUUCUUGAUCUUGGGUAUUCUCUUAAUCCCGCAAUUGAUGUUGGUCAGAUCGAAGGAGCAUUUAUACAAGGGUUGGGUUGGUUUGCUUUAGAGGAGCUCAAGUGGGGCGAUGCUGCUCAUAAGUGGAUACCUCCGGGCUUCUUGUAUACAUGUGGACCCGGGAAUUACAAAAUUCCAUCCUUGAACGAUAUUCCGUUAAAGUUCAAUGUUUCGCUUUUGAAGGGCGCUCCGAAUGUAAAGGCCAUUCAUUCGUCUAAAGCUGUUGGCGAACCUCCAUUUUUUCUUGCAUCUUCCGUCUUCUUUGCUAUCAAGGAUGCUAUCACAGCUGCCAGAGAAGAAGCAGGUUACAAGGGUUGGUUUCCUCUCGACAAUCCUGCUACGCCCGAGAGAAUUCGCAUGGCUUGUACCGAUGAGUUUACUUCAAGAUUUGUCGAUUCAAAAUUCCGUCCGAAACUCAGUGUUUGAGCGUUUUCUUAUGGAUGAUCGUGCUCUCCAUGCCCGCACAUCAUAAAGAGGUUUCCGUAGGUAUUUAGACGAAAAUCUCCGAUGUGUAUGCAAAUUUCUAUGAAGGAAAUCUAAACUAUUAGAUUAUUAAGAAAUGGAAGUUGUUCAUCUUUCUCUUGUAAAUUGCAAUUCUCCUAGAAUAAUACAAUUCCCCCUAAUACUACUAUUGAUUUUCAUAUGCCAAAAUAUAAGUAGAAUGUGUCGAACCGUUGUUUAUUACCUCCAACUUAUCUAUGUAUAUAUGUUUAUAAGGUGCAAGUUACCCUUCCGUCCUUCUCUUAUUUUGCUCAAUGUCGCAAAUGGAAAUAGACGAAGGAAGUAUAUGACUUCGAGUCUACCUUUAUCUCUUAGAUGGCCUAAAUAUUGUAUCUGAAUCAGUUUGACUAUAGUUCUUGUGUGUUUUAUGUUACAUAAUUUAAUAUUAAUAUGUUUUAGGUUUGGGCUUGGAUUCCCAAAAGAUUGAAGGUAAUGAAGGGGUACCCUGGUGAUAAGUGUUGGACUUUUGUAGGGUACCCCUAGUUGCAUUUUAAGAGUUGAAAUGGUAUUGGACAAGAAACUAGUCAGAGAACCAUAGAUGACGUAACUAUAAUAGGUUGGGUUAUACCUUAUAACAUAAGAAGAUGAACAAGGAUAGACUAU